AUGGUUCGAACAUACAUUGACUCAGAGUUUGAGCUCGAUAAUGACUAUGCUCCGCUACUUGAUCAAUAUCUCAAGUUCCAAUUCGAUGACGAGACUAUUGAAUUUAUCUAUUUCAUGAUUGGUCGCCUAAUGACUAGGCUGAAUGACAAAUUUGAUUUCAUGGUUUUGCUUUAUGGUGAAGGUGGAUCAGGUAAAUCGUUAUUAAUGAACCUGCUUAAGUAUUCAUUUGCUUCUGAUCAGGUUAUUAUUUUAUCAAACUCUCAUCAAUAA